GUUUCUGUUCAGGCGCGCCUCUUCUGGCUGUUAUUGGGUCCUUGCGUUGAGUCUCCAUCAUGGCGGCGUCCGGCAGAGAGCAUGUCCUGUCACUCUACAGACUGCUUCUGAAGGAGAGCAAGAAGUUCCCCUCAUACAAUUAUAGGACGUACGCUCUGCGGCGGGUACGAGACGCCUUCAGGGAGAACCGGACCGUGGAAGAUCCAAAAGAUGUGGAGGAGCUGCUGAGAAGGGCCCGGGACAGUUUGGCCCUCAUCCAAAGACAGGUGUGUAUAGGGAAGAUGUUUGAGAUCCAGAAGACGGUCGUUGAACAGGAGGAACAGAAGAGCGACUGAAGUGGCGCCGGAGUGGAUUGAGGCUCAGACAUCUGCCUCAUGUUUGGGUCCAUCUCACGUCCACUCCAGUUUACACAGUCAUUUAAUACUCUGCGUGCCAUGAAAUGAUCUAGAAUUGUACAUAAUGUAGUAUUUUUCAUGCUUUUGUGGUUAAUGUUGCAAUAAAACCAUGUCAUUUCCA